CGGAAGGAAGGCUGGCCGGCGCCAUGUUUAACACAGCAGACACUAGCCAACAGUAGCUGUUUACUAGCCACAACUUUUAACUUCAGACAGAAACCAGCAGCAGACCCUCAUCUCUAUCAAACAUGAAUGUCAUAGAUCAUGUUCGGGACAUGGCGGCCGCCGGGCUUCACUCCAACGUCCGGAUACUGAGCAGCUUGUUGCUGACGAUGAGCAAUAACAACCCAGAGCUUUUCUCGCCGGCCCAGAAGUACCAGUUGUUGGUUUACCACGCCGAUGCCAUCUUCCAUGAUAAGGAGUAUCGUAACGCUGCCUGCAAAUACAGCAUGGCACUGCAACAGAAGAAGGUGCUCAGCAAAACAUCUAAAGUCCGUACUUCUACUGGUGGAGCUGCAUCUAACUUACAGGCACAGAGUUUGCCUUCAGAAAUUGAGGUUAAGUACAAGAUCGCUGAAUGCUACACCAUUUUGAAACUGGAUAAAGAUGCCAUUGCCGUGCUCGAUGGGAUCCCAUCCAGACAGAGGACUCCAAAGAUCAACAUGAUGCUAGCUAACCUGUACAGGAAAGCUGGUCAGGAGCGUUCUGCAGUGACGAGCUACAAAGAAGUCCUCAGACAGUGUCCCGUCGCCCUGGAUGCAAUCAUUGGUCUUCUCUCUUUAUCAGUCAAAGGAGCUGAAGUGGCGUCCAUGACUAUGGAUGUGAUUCAGAGCAUCCCCAACCUGGACUGGCUCUCUGUUUGGAUCAAAGCGUAUGCCUUCAUACACGCAGGGGACAACCAGAGAGCCAUCAACACUAUUUGCUCUCUGGAGAAGAAGUCUCUGCUGCGGGACAACGUGGAUCUCCUGGUGAGCCUGGCAGAUGUCUACUUCAGGGCAGGUGACACCAAGAACGCCAUCCUCAAAUUUGAACAAGCCCAGAUGCUGGACCCGUACCUCAUCAAAGGAAUGGAUGUGUACGGCUACCUGAUGGCCCGCGAAGGACACCUGGAGGAUGUCGAAGUCCUGGGAGGACGAUUAUUUAAUAUCUCAGACCAGCAUGCAGAACCCUGGGUGAUCUCUGGUUGUCACAGCUUUUAUAGCAAGCGCUACUCCAGAGCCCUCUACCUGGGAGCAAAGGCCAUCCAGCUGAACAGCAACAGCGUGCAGGCUCUCCUCCUCAAGGGGGCGGCACUGAGGAACAUGGGUCGCGUUCAAGAAGCCAUCAUCCAUUUCAGGGAGGCCAUGCGCUUGGCUCCAUGCAGGCUCGACUGCUAUGAAGGUCUGAUCGACUGUUACCUGGCGUCCAAUGGGAUUCGAGAGGCUAUGGGGAUGGCCAAUAACAUCUAUAAGACUCUGGGGGCCAAUGCACAAACUCUGACCAUCCUCGCCACAGUGUGCCUGGAAGACCCGGUGACUCAGGAGAAAGCCAAAACCCUGCUGGACAAAGCUCUGGCCCAGAGACCCGACUACACCAAGGCUGUGGUCAAGAAGGCUGAACUGCUCAGUCGGGAACAGAAAUAUGAAGAAGGGAUCGCUCUCCUCAGGAACGCCCUGGCCAAUCAGAGCGACUGUGUCCUGCACAGAAUGCUGGGAGAUUUCUUAGUGGCUGUCAACGAUUACCAGGAAGCCAUGGAUCAGUACAGCAUAGCGCUAAGCCUGGAUCCCAACGACCAGAAGUCUCUAGAAGGCAUGCAGAAGAUGGAGAAGGAGGAGAGUCCCACGGACGCCACGGUGGAGCUGGACGGUGACGACAUGGAGGGCAGUGGAGAGGACGGAGAUCUGGAGGGCAGUGACAGCGAGGCGGCGCAGUGGGCUGAUCAGGAACAGUGGUUUGGUAUGCAGUGACCUCGGCCGCUGAAGGAUACGCAGUCACGUCCCUCGCUAUCACACACUGCAGCCUGGAGGAAGCCUUUAGCCAUCGAAGGUCGUCAAUCAGCACAACGUGGACGCUGAUGCUAUUUUCCCAACAUUCUGACAGCCUUAUUAUUCACUUCACUGUGGAGCUAAUUGAGCCUCUUUUGCUCGUCCGUACAGACGUCCAGUUCAGCCUUAAAGCCGCAGUAGACCCUCAACCCUAGAUGAAUCUGCUGUUCAGCACCUUGAUUUCUCAACAUUUAAAAGAAUAAGUAAUAUCGCUGACUCUAUUUUGGCUUUUUCUUCAGAACCGCUUUGUCGGCAGUCUGAAUAAAUGUAUCACUGUUGUCCCAAGUAAUGCAAUGUACAACUUCAAGUUAAAUAUACACGUUACAAAGUGAGUUUCUGUAGAUUUAAAAAAAAAAAACACCUGCAUUGGAUUUGGGGUUGAGUUGUUCUCUAUACUGGAGGACUGUUUCCAGUUAGGACUGGGAAAUUUAGACAGGAGCAAUUGGUGUGAUGGGAGAUUCAUGCUGGAGUUAUCCUUCACGUGUUACAGGAGUGUUUGGUUUGAGUCUCUUCAGAGAAGGUGUGGUGGAGAUCACAAUAAAGGUUGUGAAUUUGCAACAACCUUGGGUCUCUGACAAGCAGACAGGAGGUUUGUGGAAAAAAAUGACUAUGUAUCAUAUUCCACUCUUCAAAAUAUAUAAUCUACGUUUGAAUUUUGUCCCAAGAAUGUGUCAUGUAAUGUACAGGCUUUAUUAUUUUGGUUUGUGUUGUCUGUUGAGUCUGCCUUUGUGUCGAAACUAACCCUAGGAUUGACUCAAGUGUUUCAUAACUACUUCAAGAUAAAUGUCUAUAGUGUUUUGUACAUAUUUUUAAAGUGUAUAAUAAAAUAAUG